AUGGCUUUCACCAGCGCCAACACCUCAGAGCAGACGCCUCUCCUCGAAGGACAACCUCUCAGUCCUACAAAUACGUCGAAGAAAGCACCAAGGAAUGUUACCUUCAAUGACAAUCCGACGGUCAGGACGAUUGAUUCAAAUGAGUCUACGCAACCCAAGGUUUCCUUCCACUCAAUAACCGCAUCCCCGACAACCAACAUAAGCUCUUCUCUCAAUAGCAAACUGCGCCGCCGAAACAGUUAUGGCUCUCCCCAGGUGCCAAUGCACCCAGCAUCAAAGAUAGGCCCUCAACGAGCCAGUAAAGUCACACAGAAGCUUAAGUAUCUGCCGGAUCUGGAGGUUGGCGCGGAUGGACCCGAUGAAGAAAGCGGACGAGACGUUUAUUCACAAUUUACACGAAUCAAAGACCCAACAGCGCGAAGAGAUGCUGCAAGAUUGGGAAAGGCAGAUCGUGAUCGAUUACCUCGAGUUACCGCAUUCUGCACCGCCAACAAAUACCAAUUGGACAAUGUGAUGCGUUUCCUGAAGGGUCGAGGCAAGACGAAGUUUGGAGCGAACCCAAAAUCCUUCGACGAAUGUAUAUAUACACCAUUUAGAUACGGCAAAGACCUUGGAAAAGCGACUUCAGACCAAGACAUGGAGGUACAUAGUGCGCCGAUGAAGAUGACGGAGCGGAGGCACUCGGAUAGUGCUAUUGAGGUGGAUGAUAACAAGAAACAGCGACGAGAAAACCUAAUAGACCUGCACACUGAUGGCGGCGAUAUCACAAUAAGCAAUGGCGACCACUCUCCAGCUAACCACCUUCUCCCAGAAGUCAUUGAGCGACAAAUAGAGAACGAGACCCAAGCUCUUAUUUCGGAAAGCAAUCCUGAUUUCGAUACUCGAAUACACACGCCCGAAGUAUUCUUAUUCGGCUAUGGCGUUGUAGUAAUAUGGGGUAUGUCUAGUUCACACGAGCAAAAGUUCCUGAAAGAAAUUGCGAAGUUUGAGAGCGGCAAAUUCGCAGCCGAUGAUGUGGAAAUGGAGUCCUUCAAUUUCUAUUACACCAAAGAGUACCAAGCUAGAAUUUAUAACGAUUUUAUUACAUUGAGGGAAAAGGGGAAUUAUAUGACCAAGCUGGCAAUUUCCCAUGGUUUGGCUCAGAGUGUUAAGACCUCACUCUUCGAGUCUCUUGUAGACAAUACCAUCGACCAAAACAAAGACAUCCCGACCCAGAUCGCGCUGACAGGAACCAUCGCUCUCCCACGAAAACAAAUCAACAUGCAAAUUGGCGAGCUCUUCAUCCUACGCAUAAAUAUUCACCUCAAUGGUUCAAUUCUAGAUACGCCCGAGUUAUUUUGGGCAGAACCGCAGUUGGAACCAAUAUACCAAGCUGUAAGAAGUUACCUGGAAAUGGAUCAGAGAGUGAAGCUUUUGAAUGAGAGACUGGAUGUUAUUGCAGAUUUGCUGGCAGUACUCAAGGACCAGCUUAGUCAUCGACAUGGAGAGAAGCUGGAAUGGGUGGUUAUCGUUCUCAUCGCUGUGGAGAUCCUAGUUGCAGUCCUUAAUAUUAUCGUCGAUUUAUCAGUCGGCGAGUAA